GUCGUUGACAUUUCAGUAAUUGUUUUGUGCUCUCGAUUGUCGAAUCACUCUCGAAUCUUGUUGAAAAAAACUAACUUGUUAAAAAUGCGGUCAUUUCCCUAAUCAAAAUGUACAUUAAAUAAAGUUUCGAUGUGUAAAGUGUAGAAUUAAGUUGUGAAAUCGCAGUUAGUGUGAAAGAAAGUGAAUAGCCGUGGUUAUAUCGUAACACUAUGGCUAAUCGCAGUCGUCCUAUGCAACAUAAAAAUCUCACCACAAUAUUUACGCGGAUACAUGAUGCAUUUUCUGAAGCAGUGACCCAACCUCGGUACACUGUGGAUAAACGGACUUUAGAUAAAACAUGGAAAUUAAUGGAUAAAGUGGUUAAAUUGUGUCAACAUCCAAAAAUGAACUUAAAAAACUCGCCCCCGUUUAUUUUAGACAUUCUACCUGACACCUAUCAGAGACUGAGACUUAUUUAUUCUAAAUACGAAGAUAAAAUGUAUGCUCUGCAUUCAAAUGAGUUUUUUAACAUAUUUAUUAUAAACUUAAUGCGAAAGUGUAAACAAGCAAUCAAACUUUUUAAAGAAGGAAAAGAAAAAAUGUUUGAUGAGAACUCUCACUACAGGAGAAAUUUAACGAAGCUUAGUUUAGUGUUUAGUCAUAUGUUAAGUGAACUGAAAGCACUUUUUCCAAAUGGUUUAUUUGCUGGGGACCAAUUUCGUAUAACCAAAUCUGAUGCUGCAGAUUUCUGGAGGACAAAUUUUGGAAACAGUACUUUGGUUCCUUGGAAAUUGUUUCGUCAAGAACUUAAUAGAGUUCAUCCUAUAAACUCUGGACUUGAAGCAAUGGCUCUGAAAUCAACAAUAGACUUAACGUGCAAUGAUUACAUAUCCAAUUUUGAAUUUGAUGUCUUUACAAGGCUGUUUCAACCAUGGACAACACUUUUACGAAAUUGGCAAAUUUUGGCAGUAACACAUCCAGGUUACGUUGCAUUUCUAACAUACGACGAAGUAAAGGCAAGACUGCAAAAGUACAUCAAUAAAGCUGGAAGUUACGUGUUUAGGUUGUCAUGUACUAGGCUGGGCCAAUGGGCAAUUGGAUAUGUCACUGCUGAGGGUGAAAUACUACAAACUAUACCGCAGAAUAAAGGACUAAUUCAAGCCCUACUGGAUGGCUUUCGAGAAGGAUUUUAUUUGUAUCCUGAUGGCCGUUCUGUGAAUCCUGAUUUGUCUUGGGCUGUGCAACCUACACCUGAAGAUCAUAUAGCUGUCACUCAGGAACAGUAUGAAUUGUACUGCGAAAUGGGGAGUACCUUCCAGUUGUGCAAAAUUUGCGCAGAAAACGACAAGGAUAUACGGAUAGAACCAUGCGGUCAUCUAUUAUGCACUCCUUGUUUGACUGCCUGGCAAAUAGACUCGGAAGGUCAAGGUUGUCCAUUCUGCAGAGCAGAAAUAAAGGGCACUGAGCAGAUUGUGGUCGAUCCUUUUGAUCCGAAGAAGUCACACAACAAGCCGAAAAACGCUCCCCAUACCCAGAACGACGAUGACGAUCUGGAACUCGAGGAUGGAAAUGAAACAUGGAAUUGGGGCGAGAGCAGUCUUCAGGCUUUAACCCUUUCUGCAAGAAGCGGUACUCAAUUUGCAGUAAGUCCGAAUGUAUCACCUCGGAGUAGUCCUAAAACUGUUCGAAGAAGUAUUACUCCAACAACGGCGCCUCCGCCAAUACCGCCUCGCAGAACUUCCCCUACAUUAGAUCAUAUGAGUUUACCUACAACUUCGUCUAAUGUAUCUAGGAACGGCAUGACGAAAAGCAAUUCCGUGCAAGAAUUAGGCAGAGAGGUGGGGGGAUUCGAUGCGGAAACGGUCGAACUGAGUUCACCGGAGACCAUUUUUGGCAUUGUAAUAUCGGAUUGUCGUUCUGACGUCAGCGAGACAUCCAGUAGUGACAACUUAUCAAAAAGCACUUCGAAUAUAUUCUGUAAUUUUCAAAACGAAGCCAAUCGUCACGAUACAGUUUAUGAGAAUGUACGUCUACGCGUUCUACCUACAUACAAUGAAAAAUUGAACCCUUUAAAUGUUGAGGACAGUACGAUUUGUUACGAAAACUUAAACGUCGACUACAUUAAGAAACUAGUCAGUGAGGGGUAUUCUCAAGAUGCGGUAAUCAAAGCUCUCGGCAUCACGAAAAACAAUAUCGACAUGGCUUGUGAUAUACUUCACGAAUUCGCCACCAAACAUGGAUAAUGCUAGUUCGUAACGAUAUUGUAAUUAUUAAGUCAAAUAUUUCUUCAGCCUAAGAAUAAUCAUUUUUUUAAUAAAAGCAAACAAAAACUCAA